CUCAUACAUCCGCCUUUGUGCUACACGUUAUAAACAAAGCAAAGCUAAAGCGGCAAUUUGCGCAGUUUGAAAGAAAAAAGGCUGAAGUUUUGUGGACUUUUUUGGGAAGUGUUCGUCUCCGGACAAUCAGCAGUUAAAGCAACAGGCUCUGCACCUCUUUGAAAUGGACGACAUCCAGGUUGUUGAGUCCAAACCCCUGCUGGUUGACAGGGAACUGCCGGGCUUGCGAGAGGCUGUACAGCAGCUUGUAGUCAAGGAGCACGAUGUGGAGACUCCUCAUGGAAGACUUCACUGUACGAUGAAGGGGGUUCCCAAGGGUGACAGGCCAGUCAUCCUCACCUUCCAUGACAUUGGACUGAACCACAAAACCUGCUGGGACACGCUCUUCAACCAUGAGGACAUGUCAGAAAUCAUGCACCACUUUGCUGUGUGUCAUGUUGACGCCCUGGGACAGCAUGAGGGAGCUAACACUUUUUCCACUGGAUAUGAGUACCCAUCUAUGGACCAGCUGGCUGAGACUCUUCCACUGGUGCUGAAGCACUUUGGCCUGAAGAGUGUUAUCGGAAUGGGCAUCGGAGCCGGGGCCUACAUUCUGACCAGGUUUGCUCUGGACUAUCCAAACAUGAUGGAGGGCCUGUUGCUCAUCAACAUCAACCCAUGUGCUGAGGGAUGGAUGGACUGGGCAGCACACAAGAUCAGCGGCUGGACCCACGCCAUGCCGGACAUGAUCAUCACCCACCUCUUUGGAAAGGAGGAGAUCCACCACAACCAGGACUUAAUUGCGACAUACCGCCACCACAUCAUCAAUGACAUGAACCAGUUUAACCUGCAUCUCUUUGUCAAGUCCUAUGAAAGUCGAAGGGAUUUGGAAAUCGAGAGACCGGUCCCUGGAAGCCACGUCAGAACCCUCAAGUGCCCUUCUCUGCUGGUGGUUGGCGACAGUUCUCCUGCUGUGGAGGCUGUGGUUGAAUGCAACACCAAGCUGGACCCAACAAAGACUACACUGCUCAAGAUGGCUGACUGUGGCGGCAUGCCCCAGGUUGACCAGCCUGCCAAACUGACGGAAGCUUUCAAGUACUUCAUUCAGGGCAUGGGAUACAUGCCCUCUGCCAGCAUGACCCGUCUGGCCCGCUCCCGCACUGCCUCCGGCUCCAGCGUCACCUCCUUCGAGGGCAACCGCUCCCGCUCCCACACCAGCGAGGGAAACCGCUCCCGCUCGCACACCAACGAGGGCAGCCGCAGCCGCAGCCACACGGCCGACGCUCAGCACGCCCAGCAUGCCCAGCACGCCCGCCCCCACACGGACGCCUCCACGGACGGCACGGCCAACAACAGCGUGGACCAAGCUGUUCCCAAGUCCACUGAAGUGUCCUGCUAAGUGACCCUCCAUUUGCCAGACAACUCCUCCAGCCCCUCCAAAAACCACUCAAAGUCCCUUCGGUUUGUGCUGCGCUGUCUCUAAUUCAUUCUUAGAGAAAGACACUAAAGAUUGCAGACCUGGAGUUGUAAAAACGCACAAUGGACACUCACCUGCACACUAUUCAGUGCAGCUGAGAUGCCCCAAUUUGAAAAUAUGUCUUACUGAGUAGGAGGUGAAGGUCAACUGUCUGCGUGAUUUGUCAUCUUGAGGGAUUCAAACUACAUCUGAACAGAAAAUGUUUCAGGUAUUUAGGUGAGAGUGUAAUUAGAGACAAUGCAGCACUUGGGGACACCGAAGCAGAGAAUGUCGGAGAAAGCUGUGGCUACGAGUACACCAGCUUGUAAUGUAUCUCUUAUACAUAAUAACAAAUUAAUUUCCACCUCAGCGUUCUCCCGUCGUGUUUUUAUCCAUUUUUACCGUAUUGACACAGCUUUCUCAUACAUACCUGACUCUAAAUGUCUGUUUUUCUGUUCUUACUGUAAUUGUCUGAUCAUUUAUUCUUUUUUUUUCUUUCUCCAUGUCCGAAGUGUUGUCGUUUGUACGUAGGAGCAGAUUUGUAGAUGUGGAAAGAGAAUGGGGAGGCACUAGGAUAAAUUUAAAAAAAAAUGGCUGUUUGCCUCAAAUUACGUAUGUAACUUUGAAAAUUAAGGGACAAACUUCAAGUAUAUCAUAUAUAUAUAUACAACUGAUAAUAUUGUUUUAUCCUGCAUCUUGAUUCCAUUUUCCUCGAGUUUGUCUGUUAGUGAAACGAUUUUCUAUAUCGGCUCACAGAUGAAAUCCGAUUUUAAUCUAUCAUUUCAGGAAUAAAGUGAUCAAUGUUAGUAGAUUCCAUUGAGACUAUGCUUCAUCUGUAAUCAAGAAUCUGAAAUACAAAUCUGAAAGCUUUAACAUUGUAUGCUUUAUUAAUAGAUCAUGGCUUCAGACAAAAAAGUUUCCUUUUUUUUUUUUUUUUUUGUUAAAUGAUGAUUUCUAUGCAAUCAAGCACAAAGGAACAAAGAUGUGCCAUGGAAUUGUUCACUUUAUAGAAGCGAUGCUCCUAUGUGGUUGUGGAUUUAUUUUUUUCUGGGUGAGUGAAGAGAUAGAGGUCCACAUGUUAACAUGAGGAUAGCCAUAGAACUUACCCGACACCGUCUACUCCUGUAUUUUACUUUGUAGAACACAUACACAGCUUUGUAAAGAUGCGAUGCACAACCGUCUAAUGCUGUAGAAAAGCAUUAAAAUGACAUAACAGUUUGUAUUUAUUAAAAAAAUGACAAUAAAAAACUUGUAACAGA